AUGCAUAUUGAAGAGUUCAAGGGGGAAGAGGAGAAGGAGACCGGGGUGCUCGCCACCUUACAGCAGUCCGGGGUAGAAGCUGGCACCAGGAAGAAGACGGUGGUAGGGGUGGGGGCUCGGGUCCUCUUCUACCCAACCCUGCUUUACAACGUCCUCAGGAACAAGAUUCAGUCGGAAUUCCAUUGGUGGGACGAGGUCGACGAGGUGAUUCCCUUGAAAUUCUAUCUUCUCCUUUCUUUCCUUCUCUGGCGUCUGGUAAUUUUUCGCUUUCCCCUCCCCCUUCGUUCUCCGGCGCGUUCUACUUGCUGGAAUCUUGCAUGCUUUUUCUCAUGAAGUAAUGUGUUAUAAUUUACUGAUCCCUCUGCUACCAGUUUUUGCUGUUAGGUGCUGUUCCAUUCCCCACUGAUGUUCCUCGUUUAAAGCAACUUGGUGUUUCUGGAGUCAUCACUAUGAACGAGCCAUAUGAGACCUUGGUCCCUACCUCAUUAUAUCUAGUAAGGAUUUUUUUUAAUCUCACAAUGUAUUGUCUGUCGAAGAUGGCAUUAUAAAGUAAUAUUUUUUUCCUUUUAAAAGAUGUAUAACACUGAAGUACGCACAUGGCAACCCAGGUUCCUAGUGAUGGCCCAAGUUCUGUUUCAGUUUAGGUUGCAUUCCUUUCCAUAACUUUUUUACCUGGGAUCUAUGAUGAGUCGCGUUGAUGUAAGGAGAUAAUGUAUUUUAUUGUAUUUCGCGUGGUAGCAAAUGGUGCUAUUCAACUGCGAGUCGGUAUAUCACCACUGCAGAAUUGGAAGAUAAGUACACUGAGACAUUUCUAUUAGGCGAAAAAUUACACUGAGACAUUUCCACUGAGACAUUUUUUUUCAAUGAAAUUAUGAAACCCUUCACAAAAAGGAAAUAUAUCAACGAAAAUUGAAUCCGAUGAUACUAUCUUCAAGAGUGAGCCACGAGUUGAAUUGUUGCUGAAUAGAGGCUUCAUGAAAAAUAUGGAAAUAAGACCUCAAAGAAUCUAAGGUAUAUCUCCUCGUGAUAUUCUAGUUCGUUAUUCUAGCACCCUCCAACUUUGUUUGAAAUCGUGAAGUAUUUCUAUUUUGAAGUUUGCCUAGGUUAUUGUCGUUCAUGGCUUUCCUAUUUUCCUCACUGGAUUAUAAUAUUUUCACACUUUGGAUAAGUGUGAUAUAGGGCUAUGAUGAUUUUAUAUUGCUUAAUUUCUACAAGCUUUGGUAUUGUUCUCACUUUACAUGAGCAUACAUAUGAUAUUCUUCCUUUCGUGCGACUCAGUUAGUUUAUAUUAUGGAAAGGUUCAAUUCUUAUUUUUUUGAUUUACCGGACCCUUUUGGAGGGGGAGGCCUUACAAUUAUAUUUGGUGGUUCAAAUUUUUGCGUCAUAAAAGUAUGGAACAAUGGUGCUAUGGGUUGCCUUUAUUUUAAGCAUAACUAAUUUUUAAAGGAUCUCGAAAAGAUCUCUUGUAUAUUCGUUGUGAAUGGCCUCAUGGAAAUAGUGCCCAUUAUUUUUUAAUUGCCUUUCUUUUUAACAAUGACUAUCUCUGUUUGUUUAUUCAUUUCUGUUUGCUUUAUAAUUUACUUUUAACCUUUCUAUUACAGGCUCAUGGGAUUGAGAACUUGGUUCUCCCUACCAGAGAUUACCUAUUUGCACCAUCCUUCGGAGAUAUAUGUAGAGCCGUUGACUUCAUUGAGAGUAAGUAUUUGUAUGCACAGGUGGUUAUACAUUUUUUGACCUACUACCUUCCUAUUACAUUUUUCUUCCAUUUACAUAGCACGAAAAAUAAGCCCUGGAACAGAUUCAUUCUAGGCUGAUCUGUUUUUUUUAACCUAUGAGGAUGAAAUAAAUGAUAAAUGGAACCAGGAACAGGACAAUUUUAUGAAGGGAUAUGGAGUUGAAGUCAAGAGCAAAGAUGAUUUGUUACCCAACAGUCCCUGUUGAAUCCCCUCACUUGUUCAUAGAAAUAGUACUCUAGGUCUCAUUUGUUCCUCUCGUUUUCACGUUGAGAUUCUUUCAUGUAUAUGGAUCAUCCUCAUGAGAAAUUAUUUUAUACCUAAACGUUACGCGAUCUGAUUGGCUGUGGAAAUCCCGCAGAGGACUUGAAAUGCUGGAAGUUUUGGAUGUUUUCUCAAAACUUUUGUGUUUCAUCAUUAAUGUAUUCUUAUUUCCCUACAUUUUCUGAAGAAAAUGCAACGGGUGGGAAAACAACUUACGUUCACUGUAAAGCAGGCCGUGGACGCAGCACGACCAUCGUUCUCUGUUACCUGGUUUGUCAAACAGUCUUUCGAAGAGCAGUUAUAACAUUACAUCAAGAAUCCUAAGUUUCAAGAAUUAAUUUUUCCCUUGCAGAUGCAGCACCGGCAGAUGACCCCCAUGGCGGCGUAUGAGUACGUCAGGGUGAGCAGACCCAGAGUUCUCCUUGCCCGUUCCCAGUGGCAGGUGCUUACUAGCCUCACCUUUUUAAUAGUCUCCCUUUUAUUCUAUUCUUCUGAAGCAACUGUCUUCUCCAGGACUGCCAAUGUCACAGAAACUAGUUUUGGUUGUAUUAGGAACAAGAUCAGGGUAGGAGAAUGCCAAAUGUCCUGAGAGUGAUCUGGUUGGAAAUCGGAUCUUCGGUGGGAAUGGGGAAGCCCAAGAUGAUUUUCGAGGGAUCCCAAUGCCCAGUUAUCUAUCUUCAAACACUCCUUGGCUGGCCACCUCUGCCGGAGUCCGCCGAUUCUGAGUUGAUCAGUGGAUCAGAGUCUAGCUGGCAAUUCGGGAACCCAUUUUGGAAUUUGAUUCCAUGUUUGGAGGAUUAUAUCUAAUCUUUGGGGGGUUAGUUUUUUUGCUUUUUUUUGACUCGGCUGUGGUGAUGUUCGGACCAGUGGAUGAUGAGUCGAUUGCCAAAUAUUGUCUCCGGCUGCUUGGGAGAGAGAGAGAGAGAGGGAGGGAGGGAGGGAGGGAGGGGGAGAGAGAGAGAGAGAGAGGGAGGGAGGGAGGGAGGGAGGGAGGGAGAGAGAGAGAGAGAGAGAGAGAGAGAGAGAGAGAGAGAGAGAGAGAGAGAGAGAGAGAAGUCUCCCUUUCUAGGAAACACGACACAGAUGGGAACUAUCUCCAACUGAAAAUGUUGUCUGGUUUUUUGGCUUGCUUAAUACUUUGUGCAGGCUGUUCAAGAAUACUACGAACGAAGAGUGGUGAAGACGGGAAGGCCCAUCUGCAUGGACAACCCGGUCGGCAGAACGCCGGCCCCCGCGGCCGCUCCUUGGAAGCUCGUGUCCUUCGACGACAGCUCCGCGGUGGUCGUGUCGGAGUCCGACCUGGACGGCUACACGGAUGGUGAGGUCCCAAGGCUCCUCCAGAACCGCUUGUGGGCAGAGGUGGGCAUCGUCUACCGAGUACAGUUUGCCGGGCAGGCAGCACUGGCGCGGUUCUCUUCUUGCCUCUGGCUCCGCCUCCACUCCCGACACUCGCCGGGGGAGAUGCUCGGCAAGGAAAAGUGCUCCCUGGAGGCGGAGCAUCUGUGUGGUGUGGUGGGCAUCCCUGCCUGCUGA